AUGGGGAUAGUAACGCUAAACGACCCAGCGCAGUCUCUCUAUAGCUGGCAAGAAAUCGAAGUCGAACCGUCUCAAGCAACGACUGGAGCCGCUCAGAUCAUGCAUAUGUGUACCACGAUAGCUACAAUUGGUGUGCUGAGCGAGAAACGAAAAAUGGUGGGCAGUCUUUCGGAAGGCCAGUACCUACACUCAGUAUUUGCCGGCAAGAACAGCGUUGGGAGUCUCGAGUCCCAGUCCCUCGACGAAUUGCUCACGUCGUCGUCACUGGCCCCGUGGAUUCCAGGAUUCCAUUUCAUGAAAAGGGACCGCCUCGAACUCUCGAUUCGACUUGCGUGGAGUGUUCUACAUUUCCAUGGGAAUUGGCUCCCUGAAAACUGGCGUUCCCGCGACAUUUUGUUUCCGAAGUACCCUGGAGGAGGAACGUUUCACAAGACACUUGAACAUCCGUAUUUGUCGUGGAAUGUCUCACACCAGGGUGUGGCCUCUCCGAACAGUUUAUCCAUAGUGACAAGCCGGGUCCUUUUCCCUCUUGGACUAGCCCUGAUUGAGCUAUCCCUCUGCCGUCCGAUUUGUGCCCUCCAGAGACCGGAAGACAAUAAUCCAGAAGAAGCUGUUUCGCUUCUCAAAACUGCCAACCGAUACCCUGAGGACAAGACUUUCCAGGUCGCAUUCUAUCGACUGGUUCUCACUCCUUUGCUAGAUCUCAUCCAGGCAUUCGAUGGCAAUAAGUCACGUUGA